CGUAAGCUCCGAGAGCACAGCUUCCUGCUGCUCCACAAAAAGACGGGGGGCAGGGAGGGAGCGUUCCAGACGUGCAGCAGAAACCCGUGCAAACCAGGCGGCCUUUUCCCUUUGGCCUCCUGAGGCGCGCUCUUUCCUUCCGGGGACUCCUGGUCGUGGCUCGCCAGUUCUACGCGCUUGGAAGGCGCCGGAGAGUCCUUGGCGUGGCGACCCUCGCUCUGCUUUGGGCGGCACUUUCCUCCCCGGGGGUGAAUGCCGGGGAAUGAGUGACGGUUCUUCCAAAGUGCUAUUUUGGCAUCGCCGGAAGGGCAGUCACUGGUGAGAUCACGAAAAGUGAGCAAGACAGUGUUUUUUGCCACUGUUGCUAAGCAGCUUUGUAGUUGAUUGCCGCAACCCACAAUAAAAUUGACCUCCUGGGUUGGAACACACGAAAACCAAAAAAAUAAGCCACCCUGCAGAAAACACUCCUGGUUCAGACAACACGACAACCCACCAUGGCUGGCUGCCCAUGAGUUCCUGGCUGGUAUGAAGAACUGUUUGAAGCACACGGUUGACUUACUGGCCUGAAAGGUGGAUAUUAGUACCAUCUAUGGGGAGAAAGAAGAGCUACCUGUGUGUUUUAGUAUGGCGAACAGUUUCUCUUGGAGGAAAAGAGGCACUUUAGCCCUAAAACUUUUGACUUUUAUUAUUUCUGUGUUGCUCUUCUGUGAAUUUUUAAUUUAUUACAUAGUUAUAAUUCAGUGUCACUGGCCUCAUUUGAAAGCUCAGACUCCAAGGACUAGUGAACAGACAUCAGAUUCUGUCUUGAAAGCUAUGUUUUUAGCAGAUACUCAUUUGCUUGGUGAAAUCAAUGGACACUGGGUGGACAAGCUAAGGAGAGAAUGGCAAAUGGAGAGAGCCUUUCAAACUGCCCUCUGGCUUCUGCAGCCAGAAAUAGUUUUUAUCCUUGGUGAUGUCUUUGAUGAAGGAAAAUGGAGCUCUUCCCAGGCCUGGUCAGAUGAUGUAAGACGCUAUCUGAAAAUGUUUAGGCAUCCAGCCCAAACUGAAAUAAUGGUUAUUGUUGGCAACCAUGACAUUGGCUUUCAUUAUGAAAUGACUGCAUUCAAACUGGAACGUUUUUCUAAAGUUUUUAACUUCACUUCAGAAAAGCUGGUAACUCGGAAAGGGAUAAAUUUUAUCAUGGUGAACAGUGUUGCCCUGGAGGGUGAUGGCUGUACAAUCUGCAGAACAGCGGAAGCAAAUCUUGCUGAGCUCUCUCACAAACUCAACUGCUCCUUGCAGGAGCAAAUGCAGUUCAAGAAAAGAUGCAACGAUAUGGACAAACUCCCAACUUCAGUUCCAAUUCUGUUACAGCAUUAUCCUCUUUACAGAAGAAGUGACUCAAAAUGUACAGGGGAAGAUUCUGCUCCUCUGCAUAAAAAGAAUGAUCUCUUUAGAGAGAAGUAUGAUGUGCUUUCUCAAGAAGCGUCCCAAAAGUUGUUAUGGUGGUUUCAUCCUCGCUUGAUUCUCAGUGGUCAUACCCACAGUGCCUGUGAAGUGUUGCAUAAUGGGAAAAUUCCAGAAAUCAGUGUUCCAUCAUUCAGUUGGAGGAACAGAAACAAUCCUAGUUUCAUCAUGGGCAGCAUAACAGCGGCAGACUUCUCUCUCUACAAGUGCUUUCUUCCAUUUGAGAACACAGUUAUUACUAUCUACUGUACAGCAGGAGCCGUACUUGUGGUCCUCAUCCUAGCUCACUUUCAGCCUCUCAUUUCUCCUUUUCAUUUUGUUCGGCAUUUAAUCAUUAAGUAUAAAGCACUAUGAAGAGUCAGACACUUGUAAUCAGUCACUGACACACCAAAGCUAAAGAACAGUCCAUCAGACUACAUUCAUGCCAGCAAAUGCGUACUUGAAUUGCUAGCCCAGAGGCAGGUUGCCUUUACAUACAGAAAGUCCUAUACAGUUGAUAUGACUUUUACUACACAGGGUAAAUUAACUGAAUGCUUCAUGCUGUACAAAAAUAUUGUAUUCUACAAUCAAAUGAAUCAUUUUCUUGCUAAAGUUUUUGUAUCAAAUAAGUAUAUUAAAAGUUUGUAACUGUACACUA